AAUUUACAUAAUCCAAUACGACAUCGUUCCACUCAGCGAGCAUUUCGCUCAACCUCUUCUUCUUCCACAAGCAUUAGAUCGAGUCUGAGCCCUAAUCCUAAGCAGGCAGCCGCUUAACAUUUUCCAAAAUCACCGCAAUUACACAUCGCUCACAUGGCUCGUGCUUUAUCCAGAUCCGCUCGUCAGUUAUAUGGCAGUCAAUCUGUUCUUCAACCCCAACAGCAAGCAGUCCCAAUUCGCUUCUAUGCUAAAGAGGCCACUCCUAAAGCUCUCAAGGGCGAUGAAAUGUUGAAAGGCAUAUUUCUUGAGGUGAAGAAGAAAUUCGAGACAGCUAUUGGGGUUCUCCGAAAAGAGAAAAUUACUAUUGAUCCUGAAGAUCCUGCUGCAGUUGAACAGUAUGCUAAAGUCAUGAAGACUGUAAGAGAAAAGGCAGAUCUGUUCUCAGAGUCUCAAAGGAUCCAAUUCACCAUUAAGCAACGAACUGCUGGUAUCCAGGAUGCUCGAUCUUAUCUUUUGGCUUUGAAGGACAUUCGUCUCAAGAGAGGGCUUACAGAUGAGCUAGGUGCUGAGGCUAUGAUGAUGGAUGCGCUAGAGAAAGUUGAGAAGGAAAUUAAGAAGCCGCUUUUGAGGAAUGACAAGAAGGGGAUGGCUCUCCUCACAGAAGAAUUCAACAAGAUCAACCAAAAGCUUGGCAUACGAAAGGAAGACUUGCCUAAAUAUGAAGAAGAUUUGGAGAAAAAGAUCGCUAAAGCACAACUUGAAGAGCUGAAGAAGGAUGCUCUAGAAGCUAUGGAAACACAAAAGAAACGGGAGGAGUUCAAUGAUGAGGAAAUGCCGGACGUGAAGUCUCUGGAUAUUAGAAACAUGCUUUGAAGUCUGAAGCAUUGAGUUUUGCUUCAAUAAUUAAUCUGCUCAUUUUGAGGUUUUUAUCAUUUUCUCGUGAAAACGAUGAUGACGACGAUGAUCUGCUGUUGUUUAUGUAUGAAAUCAAAAGAGUUGUUGGAUCCAUGAAUAAAUGUUUGAUUUUUGAAGCUCGAAGUUCUCAUUUGCAGGGACAACUCAGCUUUGUUAAGUUUUAUAUUCUCAUUUGCAUGGUUUUGAAAAAUAAACUAUUACAAUUUAUAUUA